UAUAAUGUCACAAGAUCUUGAGAUUCUUUUCGAACUAUACCUAGUCUUUGGUUUUUAAGCGGGAUUUUUGACAGUAUAAACAUAACAAUAAUAUUUUAAAUUGUCGCAAGGAAUAUCAAAUUCUAAAUUAUUUUUUAUCUUAACCGUACAUUAAAAGUCAACUUUAAAGAUGGUAGAUGCAGAGUUAAGUGAUUUGAGAAAGCAAUGUGUCGCAAGUUUGUAUUCUUGUGCAGAAAAUGUAGGAUUGUUUUUGGAUGGACAAGAAAUGGAGACAGAGUUUCUUAAGCUGAAGUCUUGUAUCGAUGAAUAUUGCACGAUGGAAGCUCGCCAAGAUGUCGCCAAUCAGGCCUUGGAAAAAGCCAAGAACGAGAUUGAAUCGAACAUUGAACCCUUGCAGGAUAGGUUUGAAUUUCACUUGAGCAGCAUGGCCCAAAGAGAUACGGACAACAAUCAACAUCCCUACAUGAUAGAACUGAAUAAAAAAGUUGAAAUGGGUUGUCAGAGAGCUACUCAAAACUUGGAUGAUUCAGACUUAGCUAUAACAGAAACACAAGAUAGAUAUAUCGACCCGAUCACAAAAAGGCCAGUAACAGAUCCCGUCCAGAACAGUGUGUGCGGCCACAUAUACGAUAGAGGGUCCAUCAUGAAAUUAAUCAACACAAGGAAGAAAGUAAUCUGCCCAGUGGCGGGGUGCGGCAGCCGGCAGCCCCUGCGCGCCCACCAGCUGGCGCCCGCUCCCCCUGCCCCCCACCACCACCACCAUUAGCACAACUACCUGUCUUUUACUAUUUACAAAUAUAUCAAAUAUCCUAUA